AUGCGCCAAAGAAGUCUCAGCCAUAGACACUGCCGUAGCUGCGGCUGCGCGCGCUUGUGUGGCCGAGAGAGCAGCGCUGGUGGGUAGACUGUACGGCGAGCAAGCCGGAGCCAUGGCCUUCACCCCCACGUCGGUGUCGGCCACCCUGCCGCCGUCGGCUCCUCCUCCUCCGGCGGCCACCAAGGGCACGCCCCGCCGGGCGCCAUGGAAUGCCCCGCCGAUGGCCGCCUCGCCCACGGCUGCAUUGCUGGCCGUGACGCCGGCCGCGCACGCCGCGGCGUUCUCCAAGGAGGAAGUCGCCGGGUCGUUCACCAAGGCGGUGGACACGGUGGAUGUGGUGAUCGGCGUCGGCGGCCAGGUGGCCGAGCAGUCCUUUGUCGUGCUCAGGGCGCUAGUCGAGGCCGCGAAGCCGGCGCUGCCGGUUCUGCAGAGCGCCGGUGAGCAGGCCCUGAAGCUCGCCUCCCCGGUGGUCUCUGACGCCUCCAGGCAGGCCACGGAGGCGCUCCAGGGCGCCGGCGUCGACCUUGCCCCCCUCCAGUCUGCUUUUAAGACGUUCGCAGAUGCGGCGCAGCCGGCCAUCGGCGCCGCGAAGCCGAUCGCCUCCGAGACCGUCCAGACCAUCGGGUCUCUGGAAGGCACGGACUAUGUCGUGGCCGCCGGAGCCGCGUUCCUCGCGUACCUGCUCCUUCCGCCGGCCUGGUCCCUGCUCUCAUACGGCCUACGCGGCUACAAAGGUGACCUGAACCCAGCUCAAGCUCUGGACAUGGUCACCUCCCAAGGUUACCUUAUCAUCGACGUGCGAAGCGAGAACGACAAGGGCAAAGCCGGCGUGCCGCAGCUCCCCUCCAACGCAAAGAACAAGAUCAUCUCUCUGCCUCUGGAAGAACUUCCGAACAAGAUAAAGGGCAUGGUGCGCAACGCGAAGCGAGCAGAGGCGGAGAUCGCCGCGCUGAAGAUCUCGUACCUCAAGAGGAUCGGCAAGGGCUCCAACAUCGUCGUCAUGGACUCGUACGGUGACAACUCAAAGAUUGUGGCCAAGACACUCAACAGCGUGGGGUUCAAGAACUGCUGGGUCAUGGCCGGCGGCUUCUCCGGCCGGAAAGGGUGGGCGCAGAGCCGCCUUGGGACGGAUUCCUACAACCUUUCCGUUGUCGAAGUCAUCAAGCCGUCGCGGGUGAUUCCGGCGGCCGCUGAAAGGUUCGUGACGGUGUCGUCGACUUCGACUCCCUCCAGGACGACUCGCAAGCUUCUCCCUGGCAGUGUGGACAACUGAAAAAUGAUCUGAACUCUGAAGAAAUGCAGAAUCAUUUCACUGAAUUUCCAACUCUUGUUCUGUAACUUGUACGAUGUUAGUGCUGCAAACUGCUUAUCAAGCAUCCUCAGAAGAAAACGCCGCAAAUACCUGGGGCACAUAGCAAUCUGUGCAAAAUUAGAUAAUGGGUUUAGAGCUAUGAGGUUUAGUUGCUGGAAGGAGUCAAAGAAGUUGUCACAAAGAA